AUGGUGCUGGGUCUGCAGUAUGACAAAAAGCUUCCAGUUAUUUUUAUACGGAGUAGAAUCGUCUACACAAAAAUCACGGUUAUCCCAAAUGGUGUCUUCUCUGGGUUUGAAGAACUUACAAAUAUAGAGAUAUCUGAAAAUUAUGACUUGAAAUCAAUAGAGGCCAACGUAUUCUCAAACAACCCUCAAUUGCAGGAAAUAAGAAUUGAAAAAGCAAACAGCCUUGAACAUAUUGACCAAAAUGCUUUCUGGAACCUUCCAAUGCUGAAAUAUUUGUUUAUAUACAACACCGGAAUACAUAUUAUCCCCGCGGUUUCCAGGAUACAGUCUCUCGAAAUAGUAUUUCUAGAUAUUCAAGACAAUAUCAAUAUAAAGAAGAUUAAGAAAAAUGCAUUUUCUGGACUGAGUGAUGAAAGUGUGCGAUUAUGGCUUGUGCAGAACGAUAUAGAAGAAAUAGAGAACUAUGCCUUCAACGGAACAAAUUUACAUGAAUUAGUCCUCAGUGGCAAUCAGAAACUAACAACAUUACCCGAUCUUGUUUUCCAUGGAGCCAGUGGACCUGAAGUGCUGGAUAUUUCAAAAACCCAGAUCAGUUCUCUGCCCAGCCAUGGCCUGGAACAUUUAAAGAAACUUAUUGCUACUCAUGCUUAUAACUUGAAGAAGCUGCCCCCUUUGGAAAGGCUGUCUGAUCUUAUUGAAGCCAAUCUUACAUAUCCAAGCCACUGCUGUGCUUUUGAAAACUUGAAGAAACAGAAAAGCAUGGAUUUGCAUCCUUUCUGCAAUAAAAGCAGUUAUUUUCUGAAUGGAGAUUCAAAGCCUAUCAACCAAAGAUCAGCACAGGUGGAUAACCAGAUGAGCAGCAGCCUAGGCUUCGAGAAUGAUGACCUUGACUACUAUUUCUGUCUUGAUCUGCGGAACGUCGUGUGUUUCCCAAAACCGGAUGAAUUCAACCCAUGUGAAGACAUCAUGGGCUAUGACUUUCUCCGAAUCUUGAUUUGGUGUAUCAGCAUUCUGGCCAUAAGUGGGAAUGCAGUGGUGCUCAUAAUAUUAACAACCAGCAAGUCCAAAUUCAAUGUCCCCAAGUUUCUAAUGUGCAAUCUGGCCUUUGCAGACUUCUGCAUGGGCAUCUACCUUCUGCUAAUUGCCUCUGUGGACAUCAAAACAAAAAGCCAAUAUUAUAACUAUGCAAUUGAAUGGCAGACGGGAGCGGGCUGUCACGCAGCAGGAUUUUUUACUGUCUUUGCCAGCGAACUGUCGGUCUACACGUUGACGGCCAUUACCCUGGAGAGGUGGCAUACCAUAACCUAUGCAAUGCAGCUCCAACGUAAAGUCCGGUUAUGGCAUGCUUUCAUCAUAAUGAUUUCAGGUUGGAUCUUUGCAAUUGUAGUGGCCCUGUUGCCCAUUGUUGGCAUAAGCAGCUACAUGAAAGUUAGCAUUUGUUUACCGAUGGACAUUGAAUCUUUACCUUCACAGGCGUAUAUAAUAUUUCUCCUGGUGCUUAAUGUUUUGGCUUUUGUGGCUAUCUGUAUUUGCUAUGCACAUAUAUAUAUCACUGUACGCAAUCCCGAUAUUGUCUCCUCCCACAGCGACACAAAAACAGCCAUAAGAAUGGCGGUUCUAAUAUUUACCAAUUUUUUGUGUACUGCACCCAUUUCAUUCUUUGCCAUCUCUGCAUCCCUCAAGGUCCCCUUAAUAACAGUAUCCAAUUCCAAGAUCCUGUUAGUCCUGUUUUAUCCAAUUAAUUCCUGUGCCAAUCCAUUUCUAUACGCCUUUUUCACUAAGGCUUUUCGAAAAGACUUUUACAUUUUGAUGAGCAAACUUGGCUGCUGCAAGUCACAGGCUCUCAGUAUGAGGACAGAAACCUCUUCGUCAAUUCUCAAUUCACGGAAUGGGCACUACGCUCCUGGGCAAAAAAACCGCUCUGGCUCAGUGUACACGUUAGUCACACUAAAUCACCAAAACUGAAACAGAAUUGGAAUUAUUUUUUAAUACAUCUAAAAACAAUGGCCAAGAAGCCAUAGCAACCAGAAAUCAGUCAUUGCCCUAAGGUGAUGAAAAGUUAAAUCCAAUUUCUGCUAUAGCUUUCUG